GGAUCACUACCUCUGACUUCCAAUUCCAGGCUUGGUACCUACCUACCUAGGUAGGUACCUGCAGAGGGUCAGAGAGGGUCUUGAGGGUGCAACACAGGUAUACCGAGUACUUGAGUACAAGCCCAAUGGUCUGCCAAUGGGCAGAUCGUGGUAAGGUUACCUGGGGGGUCUUGGCGAAGGGCGGCAGUGAAGAAUGACGCCCCAUACGAAGGCAAACUCGAAUGGAGGGGCAGCAAUGCACUGUGAAAAAAUUAUUGAGGAUAGAAUAUGGUAGAGCCGAACCAGGUCCGAUUACCGCCCCUUGAAUACAACACAUACCAGGUUCCUACAGCGUACCUAGAGCUCACUACAGGUACCUAAAUAAGUGCCUAGGUACCCUUACAACUCACCUAGGGUAGGCUGGAAGAUAAGCAUCCAAGCAUGGUGGGGGUGGGGUUCUUUGGGUUAACACCGUCCCUCGUUCGUAGACUGAUUGACCGUUGUGACUCAAAUAAAUAAGACUGCACACUUUCACGAUCCGCCAAAAUGCCCACCAUAGGCGUAGAUAAAGAGGACUUCUUCGUGGCGCUGGGCCAGCGGUUCACAGCCGACGAGUUUCAGGCCCUAUGCUUCGACUACGGUAUAGAACUCGACGAGGAUACCGAAGACGACCCGUCACGACCUGCAGAUGAGAAGCCCCAGCUGAAAAUAGAGGUGCCUGCCAACAGGAGUGACCUGUUGUGCUUUGAAGGCCUGGCCCGCAGCCUAAACAUUUUCCGCGGCAAGCAAUCCGCGCCGACAUACAAAGUGCUUGACCUUCCCCAAGAUCGCAUGCAUCAUGUCACCGUCGCGAAAGAGACGGCUGCCGUGCGGCCAUUCAUCGCAGCGGCUAUUCUUCGUGGCGUCAAGUUUACUCAAGCUUCAUAUGACUCCUUCAUCGGCCUUCAGGACAAGCUCCAUCAGAACCUAGCACGCCAAAGAACUCUAGUUGCGAUUGGAACUCACGACCUCGAUGCCUUGCAGGGGCCCUUCACUUACGAAGCUCGAGAACCUGGGAAUAUCCGAUUUGCGCCUCUGAACCAGACAAAAGAGAUGGAUGGCAAUGAGCUGAUGACACAUUUGGAGAACGACAAGCACUUGAGCCGCUACCUACAUAUAAUCCGCGAGGCACCUCGGUACCCAGUCAUCUACGACUCCAAGGGGGUUGUCUGCUCCUUACCUCCAAUUAUCAACGGUAACCAUUCAAAGAUUACCCUAAACACGACAAACGUCUUUAUCGAGUUGACGGCCACUGAUCGAACGAAACUCGAGAUGAUCUGUAACGCCAUGGUGACGAUGUUUUCAGAAUACUGUUCCGAGCCUUUCACUGUGGAACCCGUGCUAAUUAAGGAGGCUGAUGGAACGACAAAGGUCACACCUAACCUUUCGCCAGUGAGGAUGGAGGUAGAGGUGGAUUAUCUUAAUCAGUGCUGUGGGUUGGACCUAUCUGCAGAUGCCAUUUGCAAGCUCUUGGAGAAAAUGGCGUAUACAUCUCGACCCUUAGGAUCAAGCAUAGAAGUCUUCGUGCCACCAACGCGGCCGGAUGUGCUACAUGCUUGUGAUAUAAUGGAAGAUGUCGCCGUAGCAUAUGGUUUUAACAAAUUACCACGAGUCCUGUCGAACAAGUCAGCCACUGUUGGCAAACCACUGCCGAUAAACAAAUUCGCGGAUAUCGUACGCCUAGAGUGCGCAAUGGUCGGCUGGGUCGAAGCUAUGCCGCUCAUUCUCUGCUCGCACGAUGAGAACUUUGGUUGGCUUAACAGGCAUGAUGAUGGUACCACUGCUGUAAAGCUUGCAAACCCCAAGACAGCCGAAUACCAGGUUGUCCGUACGUCGCUCCUUCCAGGCCUGCUCAAGACUAUUCGUGACAACAAAUCUGUGCGCCUUCCUUUGAAAAUCUUCGAGGCAGCCGAUAUCUCGCUAAAGGACGACUCGCUGGAACGUCGUGCAAAGAACGAGAGGCAUUGGGGUGCAGCUUAUUAUGGAAAGACCAGCGGAUUCGAGGUCGUACAUGGACUUUUGGAUAGGAUUUUCCUUAUGCUUCGCAUACAGGAUUAUUAUAUCCAGGAGAUUUCUGACAAGACAUUCUUCCCUGGACGCGCGGCUGGGAUCUUCCUUGGAAAGAGAGGAGGAGAAAGCCGGCGUAUCGGAGAGCUCGGCGUGCUACAUCCUUCAGUACUUGAAAAGUUCGAGAUCAAGUAUCCCGUGAGUGUUCUUGAGCUCAAUUUGGAAGUCUUCUUAUAGAUGAUGAUAAACGUCAACUAUGAAUAAGUAUGCGUAAGUCCCUUAGAAUCAUAGCUGCCGCGCAGCUAGCAGGAAAAAGCGAAUAGAUUAGAAUGAUCCUAGCUAUCCAAGGUUAGGUAGCUUUCUACCAAAACGCGGAAUGCUAUUCAGUCACAAAACAGCAAGGUUUCUAAGUAUGCAUAUAUAUUAUAAAAAGAUGAAAAGUAAAAUGGAAUUAAACUCAUCCUUUAACGAUGGUCAUAUACCUAGCCCAUCCUAUCUAACCUAGAGUAAAUUUUGGGUACUACUAGCAGAGGUGGCAAGUUAGUGGGUCACUUUGCCUACAUACGGACUUUAACCCCCCAAUAACUCUUGCGUAUGUA